AUGUUAGCGCUGCCCACACGACGUCAGCACCUGCCAACCAUACCGUCACCACCCUGCUCUCAACACCUCUAUCAACAACACUCACCCCAGACAUUCGCCGCUCAGCCCACCUUCGACCAGAAGCUACUCAUCGACUACCUUGAGUCGCAGCAGUACCCUUUUGCCACCUCAACCUCACCCCUUAACUCGUACAUGAGCGGCGCAUACAGCACCGACUUUGCGAACCCGGCUAUCCGCAUUCAGCAGUCGACCCCUACACCACAGCUCCCCCAGGGCUUCACGCAGCCGUCCAUGCUGUCAGCCAGCAACGCCAGCUCCGGGCUCGAGUCCUGGAACAGCUAUGGUAACGUGCAGUCACAGCCACUCCAGACACUCCCCCAGCGACAGAACCGUGGACACCAGCGCGCCUCAUCCUCUUCUUCAAUAGGCUCAAGUGCCUCGCAGUAUCAGCCAGUCGGCCACCCCGCAGGCUACCAAUCACUCCAGAACCAUCUCCCAACACCCACACAGACUCCUACCCAGGACUCAUUCAUGAACGCCAACAACUUCAACAACUACAGCCACAACGCUGUCAACAUGGACCAUACCAUGUCUGCACACAUGUCGAUGAAGCAGGCACUCAUGGAGCACACCGGCGAAGACGUCCCAGACUUUGCUCACUCAGCAGGCCAGUCGGUCUCCAGUUACGGCCACGACUCUCCAGCAACGCCACACACGGCCCAAGACGACAUGGACCUCAAGAUGCCCGCAAAUGAAAUGCGACCUGUACCCAAGUUCGAGAGAACCUACACCGACAUUGCUGCCGACACUGGCUUCUAUGAGCCCAGCACUUCGAACACAUCAGUGCCGCAGUCGAAGCCAGCACAGCCAUCACUGCUGUCGCCAUAUCGCAGCAACACCAACGAGAACGUGCAGCGUGCGCUGCAGGCAGCACAGUUUGCACGCUCUCAAUCGCCAAGCAGCACCGCCUCGAGAAGUGACUCACCCUUCCGCAGAGGCUCACCCUACCGGCAGCCCAGCAACAGCUUCACGUCACCCAUGGGCACUGCCAUGGCGAUGCGUGAGCAGAACCGCCAGGCUGAUGCGGCUUACGCAAUGAAGUCUCACAUGUCUGCUACUGAGGACGCUGAGCCCAAGACCAUCUCACCCAAGGAUGCUCUCCUGGACUACAGGGAUACUGAUGAAGACUCAAAAAUGCCAUUAUUUCCGGAUAAUGGUGCUAACGAGUACGGCAACCAAUACACGGGUGGCGAACAAUACAAGAACGCCACGCAAUCCAAUUUCGACACUUCUUCAUCUCACUCGUAUCGGCGCGACAGCUGGAACACUCCUCAGUUUUCACCAAACUUCUCAACGUCGACAUCGUCGUCACUGCAGCCAUCAACCAACUUCAACUUUGCAACACCAUCUCUGCAGAGCAACAUGCAAGGACUCUCCAUGAAUUCGCCCGCGCAAUACCGACAAAGUGCCAACAACAUGUCAUCGGUCGUUGACCAAACGCCCGAGUUUCCCGCACACAUGACAUCUAUGGAGUCUAGUGCGAGCGAAGCAGAGCCGCCCAAUGGUAGCCAGAACAGCAUGCUAUCGGACCGGUACAUGAGCAAGCCAGCGUCAACUGGCGCCGAGUCUGGCACAUACUCAUGCACAUAUCAUGGGUGCUCGCAGCGAUUUGAAACACCGCAGAAGCUCCAGAAGCACAAGCGUGAGGGCCACCGGAGCGCCAAUCUCAGCACGGCUAUGACGUCGGCGGCUAUCCUAGAACGCAACUCGCAAGCGGGACCCCACAAGUGUGAGCGCAUCAACCCAACCACUGGCAAGCCUUGCAACACUGUCUUCUCCCGACCAUAUGACUUGACCCGUCACGAGGACACGAUCCACAACGCGCGCAAGCAAAAGGUGCGAUGUGCGCUGUGCGUCGAGGAGAAGACGUUCUCGCGCAACGAUGCAUUGACAAGGCAUAUGCGCGUAGUGCACCCCGAGGUUGAUUUUCCUGGCAAGCAUCGCAGACGCGGCGGUAACCAUGACUGA